CUUCUGGUGCUGCAAAAAUGAGUGGGAAAUCCCUGCUCUUAAAGGUCAUUCUCUUGGGUGAUGGUGGAGUUGGGAAAAGUUCGCUUAUGAACCGUUAUGUAACCAACAAAUUUGACUCCCAGGCUUUUCACACCAUAGGGGUAGAGUUCUUAAAUCGAGAUCUGGAGGUAGAUGGACGCUUUGUAACCCUCCAGAUCUGGGACACUGCAGGGCAGGAACGUUUCAAGAGCCUUAGGACACCCUUCUACAGGGGAGCAGACUGCUGCCUCUUGACCUUCAGCGUGGAUGAUCGGCAGAGCUUCGAGAAUCUUGGUAACUGGCAAAAAGAAUUUAUUUACUAUGCAGAUGUGAAGGACCCUGAGCAUUUCCCCUUUGUAGUUCUGGGUAACAAGGUAGACAAAGAGGAUAGGCAAGUGACUACUGAGGAGGCGCAAGCCUGGUGCAUGGAGAAUGGGGAUUACCCUUAUUUAGAAACUAGUGCCAAAGAUGAUACUAAUGUGACAGUGGCCUUUGAAGAAGCUGUCAGGCAGGUGUUGGCUGUAGAGGAACAGCUGGAGCAUUGCAUGUUGGGUCACACCAUUGACUUGAACAGUGGCUCCAAAGCAGGGUCUUCAUGCUGUUAAAGAUAGGGAGCCUUUUAAAAAUAUGCCCCAAAUUGGUCAGUCAGUAGUGUAAGAAUAACUGUGCCCCUCUAAGAGUGCACACACACACACACACACAAGAGGGUAAGAGACAAGGUUCUGAUUGUGAAACAGAGCCUUUCAAAUUGAAGUGUAGAUCUAUAAAAAAAAAGAAAAGAAAAAAAAAAAGCUCUAUCAAGCCAAGUGUAUUUUGUGUAAUUUCUGCUAUUUCCCCUUCAUGUCUGUCUCAGGACAUAUCAGAAAGUUUUAGUCCUGAGACAGUUAAAUAUUUUUUAAAUCACAAUUUAGACCUAGAACCCAGCUGCAUGAAGGAGUUAAAGAGCUACAACUAUUUCUUAAAGUGUUCCAUUAAUCAACUAACAAAUGUCACUAUCAGACUCUUGCCAAGCAGUUUCUGACAUUUCUGCCAAAGGGGAAAAAAUCAGACUUUGAGCUGUAUUACAGUAAAAAUAAUAAUGCAAAUAAGGAUUCCUAGGCUUGAAUUAUAAAGAAGUUGUAAUGAUUAGGAGUGCAAAAGUAUAAUGAUAUACACUGACUUGUUUAAAUCCUUAUGUAUGGUUUGCUCCCAUCUGAGCUUUUCAAAAAAUACCAUCUCAGUAAGAGAUACUCUAAUGACCCUGGCAAUUGAUUAUACUUCUUGUGUUUGAAGUCAUAGGAUACUAGUGAAUGGAUUAUGCUUAAAUAUGCCAACCACCUUUGCAAAUAAAUGGUUGGUCUGCUUUUCCUUCCUAAGUCUACUUUUGCUGCAUAGAGAUGUUGCUUCUCUGACAACCUCUUACCAAUUUAGCAAUGCUGCUUAGUAUAUGAAAUUGGAUGCAGUGCUCUCUGCUCAUAAUUUAGAUGGUCCUUCGAUCCAACAUGCUGGGCUCAUGGAGAAGGCUUCAGAAAAGAUUGGGGGAUAAUGAACUUUUCUCACAGGGCUCCUUAACUCAAAUAUUUGUUGUAGAAGAAGGAACUGGUUUCUUAUAUGUUGCACUAUAUGUUCAACUAGCCUAAUUAGGACAUUGAAAGUGACAGAAGAGCAGAUUUUAACCCAGUGUUAGAAUGAAUUUCCCAUAAUCAGAGUUGUCCAACAGUGGAAUGGACUGCCUUAAUAAUGAGCUCCCUGCCUCUGAAAAUAUUCACUGGAUGACCAUCUGUUAGAAUACCAUAAAAAGAUUUUCUGUACUGGCUACAUGUUCAGUAUAAAGUCCUUUCUGGCUCUAAGUUCUAUGAAUCUAUAAAUUACAUCAGUGCCAUGCUGUGGUUAGAUUUAUCUGAUGAUAACAGCUAAGACUAUGGAGAGGGACUUUUAAAAUUCUCAAACCAUUCUGUGAUCAAUCUUUAACAGCAACUACAUAGCUCUUCCUUUUGCUUUUGCACUGUGGCCGAAAAAAUUCUUGAGCUCUGAGUAAUCUUUAUGUGCACUGAUAAAAAACAUCUUAAAGCUCCCAUAUUAAAUAUAAAAAUGGUUUGACAAUUUUUGAUUACCAUGACUGCCAGUUAUAUACUGUAUUAUGAAUAUGCAGUGUGGUUCUUGUUGGUUGAUCUGUGUAUCCUGCAUAGAUUUUAAUCUGUACUUUAAAACAUCUAUGAUAAAAAUAGUGACAGACAAAAAUUACCCCAAAAAGAGACCUAGGCCAGGAAGGGGGUGGGAGCUUUCAUAGGAAUACAGCCUAGAACUCUCCAUUGUAGCCACAUAUGGAAUCAGCCUUACUUACAUGUAGGACCUUUGUGCUUUAAGAGCUCUGGGACAUAUUGGCAAAAUAGAAAAAAAGAGGACAGUAUUUCAACCCAGUCAUACUCAAUAUUUCCAAUGAAGAUAUAAUCCUUACCCCAUUGUUCAAUUAACUUUGAUGCCAGAAGUCAAAGCCAGAACUGGGACCCCACAGCUCUUAAGUACUGGUCCCUAUCCUGCCUAUGCCUAUAGCCAGCCACACUGGUUUCCAAGUUCUAUGAUCAUUUUGCUACAAUCAUGUUAGGGUGAAAAUCUGUAUGUCAGAACUGUUAAAUGCUAAUUAUUUUCAAGUGCAUGAGACCUGGGGCCUUCUCUUUCUACUUGCACUCUGCUUAUACUAGUUUCUAUUUGUAGAUCUCAGGUCUUCAUCAUAAGGACCUCCAUCAACUCACAAAAGUACUUGUCUCUAUUAGAGUGGCAUGUGGUCAUUUGAGUUAAAAAAAAAUUACAUGGGUAUCAGAUUCAUAGGCAUCCUGUCCAUCUAAGACAAGUGUUAAUCUUAUUGGUCCAUCAACUGGAGCCCCUUUCCUCUUAGCCAUACCAUUAUUUUCUGCCAAAUUACCAUUCAAUAUCUUAGUGAAAGCACUCAACAUUAAGUGACAUAAACAGUGGCAUUUGGGUAAGCAACACUCAGUGGGGUGCUGACAUAUAGUUUGGGUAAGAUUAAAAAACACCAAAGGCUGAAAUCUGUGAGUACCAAGAACUGUGCAUAUAGGUUUAGAAAUUGACUGUGUACCCUAGAAUGUGCAGUGUAAUAUUUUCAAUAGGUGUUUUUUUAAGAACACUAGAUUUUUGGAAUAAUAUAUUUCUAAUUAGGACUAUACUGUUUUUCAAUGGUCUGUUAAAACAUCAUACAGAAUAUUUAUUUAGUUUAUUGUCAUGUAUUGGCUAACUUUUAGGGGCCUCAGAUUCCAUAUGUCUUCAGUGGAUUGAUGAAUAUCAGGUUAAUUUGUGCCUGCCCCAGCCAUCUCUACUUUAUUCUGAGGUAUUCCACAAUCCUCUUGUUGCAGGUGCUGCUAAAAAAGAAUCUCAAAAUUGUGUAUCAAAUAUUUUCUUUCGACUGUAAAAAAUCAUCUGUGUUAAAGUGAAUAAAAAGUGCAUUUUGAAUAACCAACACACAA